AUGGCAGACGAAAAUGAUGAUGUUCUGUACGACUAUCCGGUUGGAAAAGCGAAAUCCAAAGUCUGGCUCUUCUUUGCGUUCAAAAAAAUCAAACCAGGACCUCCAACCAAAGAAAACCUUGACAUGAGCAAGGUAUAUUGUCGCCUUUGCAAAAAGGCUUACGCAAACAAAGGCAAUACAACAAACUUCCAGUUUCACUUACAACAUGACCACCCCCAUGAUUCUACUGGUGAAAUGAAGAAAGCUACAAAACAACCAGUCCAGGCAAAGUUGAGUUUCGCGCCCCCAAGACUCAACUCUGAUAGACAGGCCAUCUUAGAUGACGCUUUGCUGAAGCUUCUUGUCGGCAAAGUGUUACCUCUCAGCCUUGUCGAAAAUAAACACUUCAAAACCUUCGUAGAUCUUCUGGAUAAUAGGUACAAAUUACCAUCCAGACGUGACAUCACUCGCAGGCUUGAAAAGAAAAAGGAUGAGGUGAAGGACAAGGUCCGGACAGACUUAGAGACAUGUGACAAUGUCUCUAUCACACAUGACAGUUGGACCAGUCUAAAAAAUGAGAGCUAUGAGACAGUAACAGCCCAUUUCAUAGACAAUUCAUGGACCCUUAAGACUGCAGUUUUAGGGGCCAUGAAAGUUGAAGGCAGUCACACAGCACAGAAUAUUUCAACCUCACUGAAAAAAACGCAGGCUGAAUGGAACUUGAAAACUCCAAUAGCCACUACUGAUAAUGCAGCUAAUGAGCGCAAGGCUUUUGAACUUCUUAAUUGGACACGGUUUGGUUGUUUUGGCCACAGGUUAAAUCUUGUUGUGAAACAUGCAUUGUCAGUUUCAGAGGUGGCAAAAGUUCUGGGCAAAGGACGAAAGUUGGUAACUUUCUUCCAUUCAUCACCAAGUGUUAGUGGCGAGCUGCUCAAAAAACAAAAACUACUGCUAUCAGAAGAUGUUGCCAGCCAUAAGCUUAUAAUGGACGUUCCCACCAGGUGGAAUAGUACAUUAGCAAUGCUAAAGCGUCUGUGUGAGUUAACCCCAGCUGUGAUUUCACUUGUUACUACAAGUGAAAACACUAUCACCAAAGCAGCUGUCACAGCUAUUAAGAACAAUGCAUAUAACUUUGAGGAGCAUGCUAUAGUAGAGAAGUUGGUCUCUGUUCUAGAGCCAUUCCAAUGUGCAACAGAAAUUCUUUGUGCUGAGAAAAUCCCUACUAUGCACAAAGUAUUGCCAGUGGUGAUCAAACUCUCAAAAGAAGUUGCAGCCAAUGAGGAUGAUCCCCCAGUGAUAAGAGCUGUUAAGAGCAGAAUGAGGGAGGCAGCAUGUGCGUUAAAUCCAUAUCGCAAGAACUUUGACUUCAUGCCCACUAUGAAAGCUGAAGCUCAUGAUUUGUUAAUGAAAUUAGCACUCACUACUUCUGUAUCAUUCAAACAGGAAAUGCCAGAAGAGGUGAACAACAAUGAACCUGUAUUGCCACAGAUGCCUGAUCUGGCCAAAGGGAGUGAAAGUAAACCAGAUCUUCAAGCGUUAGGUCAUCCAAGUGUUCCAAAAAAAGCAAAGGCUGCUGACACAGAGGACUGGUUAGAUGAUGUUGUGUGCACAGGGGUUACACAUGAGGAUCCAACUGAUCUUGUUGAAGCGGAGGUCUCCAGAUACUUAGGCACCAAAGUGGACCCCGGACAAACAGUCCUGGGGUGGUGGAGGGAUCAUGAAGAAUCAUUCCCAAGAUUGUCUAAGUUGGCCAAAAAGUACCUAUGUUGCCAGGCUUCAUCUGUAUCUAGUGAGCGAGUUUUCAGCCUAGCUGGGCAGGUGGUUAGCAAGAAGAGAUGUAGGAUGAAUCCAGAUCUCAUUGACCAGACAAUAUUUCUAAACAAAAACUUAGAGUCAUACUGGUAGAUUCAUACAUGUGACUUUCUGAUGUGAACAUUUCAGUUUGUUGUUAAUGCUUUUUAUUUAGAAAAUAGUUUUGUUUCUGUUUUAUGAUUUUAAGUGCUAUAUCAUGAAAAAUAAAUAUGU